AUGCACACAUGUCAAGUUAGAUGGAAAUUAGAUAUUAUUAUUAUUACAAUUUUUUUUAUUUUGUUUUUUGCGCCUAAAGCGGAAUUGAAAUGUGCCGGAAUCGAGUCUCCAUUUGACAUUCUUCCAUCGGGCGAUCACAUAAUUGAACACGGAACGACGUUGGAAUUAUAUUGCAGGUUAAACACGAGUUUUCCCGGAGUCUCGGAAUACAAUUCGGGAAAUUUAAAUUUUUAUUCGUUGGAUAGGAAAAACAAAUUUAUUUUGCCCAACGUUACGAUAUUAAACGAGACGACGAUAAAAGUAGACAUCGUAGAUCCGCCACUGGGAUCCACGUAUUAUUAUUGCGCUCUCAAUGAUACAAACGAUUGUUUGACAAACGUUCAAGUCGGUUAUAAACCACAACCCGUACUGAAUUUUCAAUGCAAUUCUUUUAAUUGGGAAAGGUUGUAUUGUCAAUGGACGCCACCUGAGAAUCCAAUCAAAACCAUUUACAGACUUAAAUAUUCUCUUAAUGGAAGAGCCGGAAGGUUUAUAUAUCCGUGUCCGAAUGAUUUGGAUAUAAAAAACAACAGUUGCGUGUACGAUUUCGAAACAAUACCCAAUUAUCGUCAGCCGUAUGAAUAUUUUUUAUUUGAAAUAAGUGGGAAAAACGCGCUUGGAAAUUAUUCAAAAAUCUACAAGUUCAAUCAUUACGCUCACGUCAUACCGAACAAGCCGGAAAACGUAACGGUUUUAAACAAAACAGUGGGAAGCGCUCUCAUCAAAUGGAAUAUUCCGUAUCCCCUUUUUCACUUUCCUCCCGGUUUGAGACUGAAAAUUGAAUAUAAAAAUAAAUGGGAAGACUGGGUGGACGUGAAUGUCGAUUAUUCCGAAAGGAUUUAUGGUAAAAAUUACACGUACAACAUCACCGGCCUUAAAUACUCUCACACUCCCUACGACGUGCGAAUAUAUUUGAAAUCGUACGCGGCAAAAUCUGGUCCGAAUGAUUGGUCCUUGCCAGCUUCUAUAACUUUUCUAACGUCUUCUACAGUGCCAAGUUUGGCUCCGCUUACAACCCAGGGUUGUUUCGACAUCGUAUCAAAUGGUAACAACGACACGGAUGUUUUUAUUUAUUGGGCCAGGAUACCGGAAAAAUUCGAAAACGGUGACAAUUUUAAUUACAACGUCAUAUGUACCAAAGACAACCACAAAGACUGCGGAUUGCCAUUGGAAAAAUCAAUUACGUACGCAAAAUUUCCAAUAAGUAAUCUUCACAGUUACACGUUCACAAUUUAUUCCGUCAACGAAGUGGGACGUUCCGAAGACAAUUCUUUUGUUUACGUGUCCAAAUAUGGAAUCGCUUACGAUCAAGGAGUUUUCGAACUGUCUUGGAAACCCGUCUCCCACAAAGAUCUUAGCAAUUAUACGAUAUUUUGGUGCAAGGAAGAUAAAGAUUUGCCGGCGCCGUGCAAGGGCUACCUUGAUUGGGUGACAGUACCGAGAGAUACAACGAGCAAAAACAUAACGAUGACGGACGUGACAAAAUUUUACAAGUUUGCCAUAUCGGCGAAUUUAAUCGAUGGAAGCAGUAGCGGAAUGAUUUGGUCUUCAUGCGUUAUUUUUCACGACAAGGUUCUUAAAAAAGUCGAUGAUUUUCACAUAUCGAGAGUGAGUUCGAGAGAAAUCGAUGUCGUUUGGGAAAUCAGAUGCGCUCAAAGUUCUGCCUUUAAAGGUUUUGCUUUUUACUAUUGUCCCGUUGGAUUUUCACAUCAAGACAAUAAUUGUAUCGGCAACGCGACGGAAGAAAUAGCCAAAAUAAACGGAUCUCAAGUUAGAAACGUGACUUUAAAAAAUUUAAGGCCGUACACAACUUAUAAAUUGCAAAUAUCAAUAAUUUCAUUGGAUGGAUCUCAACAAAUGCAGUUAGGGCCGAGGACCCCCAGCGUUCCCCACAAUUUCGUCGCUGAUUCCGUCACCAACGAUUCCGUCACUUUAAAUUGGGAUUUACCCGAAGAAAUGAACGGAGUUUUACAAACGUACAAAUUGUACAUAGAGUAUCCAGGGGGUGAAAAGAAAAUAAAAUUUGACGCACGGAAUUUGUCGGAUAAUUCAUUCAUAAAUAAAUACAAAGUUAAAAAUCUCGUCGGACACACGCCAUAUAAUUUCACUUUGAAAGUGUGCACGAGUUUAGAAAAAUGUUCCGGACAUUCAAAAUCCGCGUUGGUCACGACUCAAGUCGGAGUCCCUGGAAAAAUGAUGAAACCUCAAGUUAGUUUAGUCAAUCCAACAAUGGCGGACGUUUCUUGGACUUUGCCCGAUCCUCCCGCGGGUUCUCUAGACCUAUACGAAAUUUCCGUCGAACCCGACGACGAUUCAUCCGACGCGGAAAUUUUCAACGUGACCGGUGGUAUGCGUGCCAGGUUGGAAUUUCAAUCCUGCAGGGAAAAAUAUAAAUCCGAUUUUAAAAUACGUGCCAUAAAUAUCGAUCAAAAUAAUUUUUACGUCGGACCCUGGAGUGAUUCAACGGAAGUUAUUUGCGGAUCAUCAGUUUGGGUUAAAAAUAACGUACUUAUCAAUUGGGUGACUGGAACCAUGAUAAUUCUCAUUUCAGCGAUUUGCUGUAGAAAAAUGAAAGAUGUUGAAGUCAAACUUCCACCUGGUUUACAAUCUCAGGAACUUGAAAAGGAUAAUCAAGAUUACGUUCACUUGGAAAGAUGGCCUCCGAGAUCUCCAGACAACGUAAACGGGUCUGUCGGAACCGUGUUGGCUCCGGACGAGGAAUCUCUCCUCGAUAAGAAAUCAGACGAAAGCAUAGACAUAACAUCGUUUAAUUUGCCACCGAUAAAAAACGGUGGAGAUUCUUCCGGUUGUUCCGUCGGACGCGAAAGCGUUUCUUCUUCCAUAACGUCAGAUACUCAUAUAUCGUCAGAUUCCGGAGCGGAACCGGAUCAGUGCACAAUAACGUCCAACGGUACGGAUCGUUGGAAUUCUCUUAACAGAAAUGCAAACAAUCCGAGAAAUAUUCCUGCCAAAGAAAUAAUAAAUUUUCCAGAAGUCGGAGGAGAUUGGGGGGAGCUGGGCAGUAACGCCAUUCCAAGGUACACAAAAGUAGGAUUUACAAAUUACACUCCCGAAAGAAAUUUACCCGGCAAGGGAUACGUCACAAUCGCCAGCGUACAAUCUGCUAAUCCCGCACAGAUACCCGGAAGCAACGACGCGAUAAAUUCCAUCAACGGAGAUAAUAAUAAUAGUUUAGCACGAAACGGUUCGAUCGAUGAGAGCAGCAGUCUGGACGAGUCGUCGAAUUCGAACCUAAGCGUAAAAGAUGCUCAGAUAAAAGAUGAAGCGUCUUUGACCGGACCAAAAUACGUAUCAUUAGCGCAUUUCAAGGGACAAAACACGGGUGAACCCUCGGCAUCUGUGAGCAGUGGAACGAAGUCAUUUGUAAACGAGUCGCCAAAUUUAUCUCGUCGAAAUGACGACGUUUCGUCACUGCAAGAGGAAGAUAAGACUGAUGAAACCAUCGACGACGAAGAUUUCUCAGGUAGCGAGACUGAAACAGAAACAAUUCACGAAGUGCCUAUAAUUAGAAAUUUGAUUGCCAUGCCUGCGUAUGUGAGCAUAGCAGAUAAUCCGAAACCGGUCGUCGUCGAUUCCGUCAAAAGCGAAACGGAAAAAAUGAAAGAGAGUGAAAUGAGAGGAGAGGAUUAUAGGGGGGAAAAAACGGUUGCGAACGGGGAUAUUUGCGCGACGGACGUCAACGGUGUCGGCGACGGUGGCGACGACGGGAACGAGAACGGGAACGACGACGACGUUCGACGACAACAUUCUCUAGAAAUAAACGGAGUAGAUGAUGUAAAUAAUGUAAUUAAAAGUGAUAAUUUGAUAGAAAUGAAAAAAAAAAACACAAAAGAGAACGGAUCUCUCUCUAAUUAUAUUCCCCACCACAUAUUCGCAAAAGAACCAGUUCAUACUUAA